AUGAAGUUUAGAUUACCCAAACGCCAAAAGAGAAAACGCCUGGAGGUUCUCAUGGGCCUUGAGCGAGAUUGUACCGAUAUCAACUUCCAGUUCCAAUCUUUGAACAAGAACUCGCCUCGCAGUGCCUCCCAGCUAGACAGACAUACGCCGGAACCUGUAGGAGCCCUGCCCAUCUUGCGGGAAACUGGCAAGGGCAGGGGCGGGAAAGGUGGGCGCGCAACCUUCGUGGGCCUGGACAGCACGGCACGUGACCAGAAACGGGAGAUGACCAGGUUCAUCAACAAGGAGAUGGACAGUAUCGACGAGGCAUUCACCAUCCUCUCGCCAGCAUUCAAAGCCGGCGAGUUCGAGGAUUGUCGCAGUAAGGCUGAGCAGUGUCUGGAGACAGUGAGGGAAAUGGAAGGCGAGGACAUCAACAGGAGCGAAGUGAUGGCAAGUCUACACAGCUGCAUCGGGAACGCCUGUAUUGCCAUGAACGACUUUGAGACAGCCCUGAUUCACCAUACCCAGGCUCUUUCUAUCGGAGAGACGGAACGACUUCAUGAAGUCAUCAACAGAUCCCUUGGUCACCUCGGACGGAUGUACAUUAUACAGAAACGAUUCAACAGAGCUCUUGAAGUAUUUGCUCGCAAAGCCCCGACAGUUGUAAGCGCCGAAGAGGUUGCCCAGGUUUUCCACGAGAUCGGCAACUGUUUCCUAGCCUUGGGCCAUCUGGAUUAUGCCAGGGACUGUGGUAAAAAGGCUCUCAGGGCAGCUGAGGACGCAGAUAUACACUACUUCAAGUUCCAGUCAUGGGUCCUUAUUGCUGUUGCUGAGUCCCGCAUGAAGCAUCACGACGAGGCAUACAAAGCCUUCCAACACGCCCUGGAACUUGCUAAGCAGAAAGAUGACCAGGAGUCCGUCACAGUAAUCCUGUACGCCAUGGAACAUCUCAGCAAGACCAUCACCUCCAUCAUGAGAAAGCGGGAAAUUCUCAACGAUCGCCUGAUGAGCCGCAGCAAAACCCAGACGGUCAUUGAUCUCAACAGACGUCCACACGCGGCCAGACAGAAGAAGCGAAAGAAGAAAGGAAGCAGGCGCGAAGCGACGACCCUGGACGGAGAUGAAGAGAACGCGGUGACGGCAGCUAGACAGAACACGAUGUUGGUGGUUGAACCAGCGACGACGGGGGAUGAAAGAGAGGUUGAUGAACAGCACAACCGAGGUCAGACACUGAUCAUCAUAAACAACGUCAUGGAGAAGAAGGAGGAGGCGGUAGAGGAGAAGCAGGAGGUGGAGGUGGAGGGAGGAGCAGGAGAGAGAGAAGGCUCCCAUACAAAAGUCCGCGCGGGGGAGUAG